AUGGUGAGGCUCAGCGCCGACCUGAUAUGGCACUUCUUCAACGCCGUCAAGGAGCGCGAGCUCGACCUCCGAGCGGCGGCAGGCAACAAGAUCGCCGUCAUCGAGAACAUCGGCGCCACCGAGGACAAGUUUGACAUGAUUGAUUUGUCGGACGACGAGAUUGUCAAGCUUGAGAACUUCCCUUUCAUGAAUCGCCUUGGCACCCUGUUAAUCAAUAACAACAGAAUUACACGUAUCAAUCCCAACCUUGGUGAGUUUUUACACAAGAUGCAUACUUUGGUGCUGACGAACAAUCGCCUCACAAGUCUUGCGGAGAUUGACCCCCUGGCCUCUCUUCCAAAGCUGCAAUUUCUCAGCUUACUGGAUAAUACCGUAACUAAGCAACCAGAUUACCGGUUAUAUGUGAUCCACAAGCUGAAGCAUCUGCGUUUGCUGGACUUCAAGAAAGUGAAACAGCAGGAGAGAAGUGAAGCAGCACUAAAAUUCCACUCAAAGGAAACAGAGGAGGGGGCAAAGAGGGCUGCUACGAAAGCUUAUACUCUAGGACAGGUGCUGGAUUCUCAUGGUACUACAAAGGACCAGGGCGCUAAAGUAGUCGCUCCAACGCCUGCACAAAUCACAGCUAUCAAGGCUAUUAUCGUGAAUUCUCAGACACUUGAUGAAGUUGCAAGGCUCGAAAAGGCAUUGAGCACUGGCCAAGUUCCUGCUGAAUUUGCGCUCCCCAAGCCUGACACCAACAUGGCCCAAGCGUCCGAGGAAGCGGAAGCUGAGAAGAUGGAGACAGGCGGUCAGGACCAGGAGGAUGGGGCUGAUGAGCAGAAGCAAACUGAUGAAAGCGCCCUGAUUCAAGAGGCUGCUAUCGUGAACUCUCAGCCACUCGAUGAACUUACCAGGCUUGAAAAGGAAUUUCUGGGAGCUGAUUUGGACUGCAUAUAUGAUACCUUAAGCAACAUAGGAUCAUACAUAUACAAGAAUUUUGAGCGAGCCCCGUUCAAUUUCAUAGUGAGCUGGCGCAAAAGGUUUUUCCGUGGCUUGCAUAUUCUGCCGCCGCCCCGGAGGCAGGAACCAGGACGACCGCCGUAG